GUACCCGGUUUUGUUAAGAGGGUACACAGCGCCUCGCUGUCUAGCAUGUGAAGAAGUUGUGGCUUUCCCUUCUCUCUCUCUUUACAUGCACCCACUAUAACCCACCCAACUGGCAGAUUUGAUUCAUUCACAUAGGUGAGAGUCAGGACAAAACUAGUCUAGGAUUUUAGUCUGAUUCUCUUUGGUUUUUUUUUUCCCACCCCCACUCCCCACUCUUCUAUUGCUCUAUAUCUUACUACUACAUUAUAUAACUUGGUGAAUACCAAAAAUAGCGAGACAUAUGUACAUCCUCUCUCAAUGUCCUUGUAGAUCAGUGCAAGAGAGCAAGGGAAAGUGACUCUUACUAUCUAACUAUCAUAUUAUCUAUUUUUAUUUCUCUUUCUUGAUAAAGAAGGCUUAUUACACAAAGAGAUUAUUUCUCUCUAGGAAAGUGAGGGAAAAAUGAAUGUCUUGGCUUCAGAAUGUAGCAGUGGGUGUGAAUCUGGUUGGACUUUGUACUUAGAACAAUCCUAUCUUUCUCCAAAUAAUCCACGUAGAGACACUGGGUUUGUUAAUGGGAAAACUAGUUUUUGUGAUGAAUAUAAAGAUAAAAGAGAUAAACAGACUGUAGAAGUAGAAGAUGAUGAAGAAGAAGAAGAAGACUUGUCUAUGGUUUCUGAUGCAUCUUCUGGGCCUCCACACUUCCCUGAAGAUGAAGGUUACUUUAAUGGUGAUAAUGGGUGUUUUUAUCCUACAUCUAGACCCUCCACAUUGGCCAAGAACGUUGGGAAAAGGCAGAAAAGCAAAGCACACCGACACCGUGAAGAUCAAGAAAUGAGUGCUUUUCUUGAUGACACUGCUAGCUCUCCUGUCAUCAAUUUCUCCAGGAACAAUCUGACCAAUAAUCAAGCUUCAAUGGUUAGUGUCUUGGAUUUUUCACAAGGUUUCUCAGCAACUCAUUUCGAGGGGACAUCAGCAUUCCAAGACCACUUUGGUUUCUUACAGUCUUCCCUAUCUGCAAACCAACUUCAGAACAACCAGUGGUUUGAAGGGAAGAAAUUUGGAAUGAGAUGAGGUGAUUUCACUGCUUGUGUUGCUGAUGUUGUUGUUGUUGUUAACACUACAGAAGCUGCUCUGAAUGAAAUGAUGGAAUGGUCUUCAAAGUAAAAGGAACUUGAUCUCAAAAGGGAUCUUGUUCCUUGCCUUUUAUUUUCUUUUCUUUGCUUUUAGCUGUCAAUGCAGUGGUAAACAACCUGAGAGAAAAAGAUGGAAAUAAAUUUCUAGUUUGCAAAAUUUAA